CAGUGGAGAUGCUGACAGUGGCCCCUGGGGUGGGGGCACUCUUGAAAUGCCCAGUCUGACAGUGACUGCUGGGCUCUGGGCAGAGCUGAAGGGUGCUUAUGAGCCCUACAAGCUCCCCUCAGUGGCUGUUAGUCUUGUAAUGGUUGCAGAGUUCUUGGGAAGCACAAGUCCAGCUGUCUUUUGUCCCAGUAGGCUGCCAGAGGCCUGGAGCUCUUGAGGUGAGGCAGAGCCACAUGCAGGUCCCUUGUGGUCUCCAGGGCAAAAUGAGGAGCCCCAGCCCUUUUUGCCCAGCCUGCAGCAUUGGUCUUGGCAAGGAUAAAACCUGCUACUGGUUUUGCUGGGAUGUCCUGGCCUGUGUCCACCCUGCUAUGUGUCACCCCUGGCCUGAGCACUCUCUGGCUUCUCUGUCCCCACGCCUCUGAUGGUCUGUGCAGGGGUGGUGCAGGAUGUUGGGCUGGCGUGCUGGGACAGGCUGUGCCUCAGCUCGGGUGUGCAGAGGGCACUGCUGAGCGCCCAUGCCCAGCUGGGACGUUGCUAACAAGGAAGCAAGGAAGGAAAAAACACCCUGGUUCAGCAAAGGAAGUACAAACAACCUAAGUUAAAUAACGUCUCCCAGCGUGUGGCACAGACAACACGGACUGCCCCCCAUCUGGAGGAAACCUGGCAGAUGAGUAGACCGUGGCAACGCUUCCUGUGAGCAGUUGGAGCCAGACGUGAAGCUGCUGAGCUGAAGGUGUUGCGUUUAACUGUAGUGGUGAGAUGGGUUCCUGAUACAGCCGAGGGGCAGAGAGGAAAUGCUGGAUCAAGGUGGGGGGGGGGUGCUGGUGCUUCAGGGUGGUGUGAUGGGGAUGCAGACAAAGAAGAGAUGUGCAGAGCAGAGGGGGUUAAUCCCCACAAUCUCACUUAUUGCCACAACACGGAGAGAAUUGCUAGGAUUUUUCCACUGGCCACGGCAGAAGGGGAAAUCUGUGGAUGUGCUGGGGUUCAGAGGGGGGCUGGCAAGAACUGGCCUGCAAUCACCCUCACUGCUUCAGGGAGUCAUUGACCCCCUUGGGCUGCCCUUCUGCAGCGGGAGCAGACAUGUCCCUGCCUGCACAGGGAGCCGUUCCUAGGAUCUCCAUCUGUUCCCCAGCUCUGUGCCUCCACAAGCCCCAGAAACAAUCCUGGAGGCUCUUUCUCCCUCCAGGCAGAAAUGCUGCCUCCUUCAAUGGGCUCUGUUGCAAAGCCAGGAGGGCUCUUGCUGGUCUUGGGGUGGGGGGAUCCCUAGACCUGCCUGUGGUUUGGGUCUGGUGUUCGAGGUCUCACCUCAGCCCUCACUCACAGUUUGCAGCUGCACAUCCCUACUUGUUGACUGUUCCUCCUUGUUUCAAGCUCUUAAUGCUGCAAGGGACAGAGGAAACAUGAGGAAAACGUUUUGUACCCAAGGUGGUUGUGCUUGCAGCAGUGCAGAGUCAGUGUGAAAUGGGAAAAGCAAGAAGCAGUGGCAGUGGUGAGCCAGCCCCACGGGUGUCCUGUCUGACCAGAGCUGCUCCCACCCCUCUGCCUCUGGAGGUGGCGCUGGGCUCCCCACGUUCACGGGGGAAUGUUUCCCCAGUCAGAAGGUUGGUGUUGGUGGCCUCAAAUGUCUGCCUGCAUUUCCUCUGUGACCAGCAAGAGCAGGGAAAGGUUCCUGGUGGCUGAACAGUGGUGCAAGGCCAAGGUCAGAAGGCACUGGCCAGGUGCCAGGUGCCCAGCAGGACCAGCCUCUGCUGUGGUUCACAGCCUGAGGUCUCUGCUUACAGCCCAGAGGGACCCUCCUUGUGCCCCAUUUUGCCUUGUGGGUGCUGUCACACACGUCCUGGGGAGGCUGUGGGUUGGCUGCGGGUGUCCUGGCAGUGGUGUCAGAGGUUGUGUCAGUGUGAGUCAUGCCCAGAGCUGCGCUGAGUCACCUCCCCAGUGUUGUGCACAUUAGGUGAAGAACUUUCUCAGACCCACAUCCUGGUGAUGAAGGCAGCAUGGCUUCUCAUCACAAGGUGCCAGAGAUGAGUGCAACAGAAAAUUGCUGCAGCAUGUGCACAGUGUCAUAGCAGUGUGGCAGCUGCCCACUGUUUCCGUGGGUCCACUUGCCACCACAGCCCUGAAGGUACCUGCCCUGCUGCACCCUCAGGGCUCCAUGGGGCAGUGUCACUGACUGAAGCUUCUGGGAAUAAUAAAUAAAUAAUAAAAAUAAUAAAUAAAUAAUAAAAAAUAAUAAUAAAACCCCUGUUUUUAAUCCCAGGUCCCAGCAGCCCGUCAUUUCUGUGGGUAGUGGAACAGCUCCAGCACACCCAUCCCAUCCCAUGGCCCCUGGCGUGGCAGUGUAGUGUGGGAGAUGGAUGGGCUGUGGUAGGAUGAGCCCUGCCCUGCUCCUGCUGCUGUCCCUCACCAGCUGCUCCCUGCUCCAGGGGAUGCUACUGAGGCCACAGCACGUUAGGCUGGAGGCACAGAACUUCCACGUCCGGCUGCACUGGGAGCCAAACCCCAGCUCCCCCAGCUAUGCCACCUAUGAGGUGGAGUGGAGGAACAGAGCCUCGAGCUGGACCAAGGCUGGUGCCUGCGGGGAGAACAGCAGCAGCUCCUGGGUGUGUGAGCUGUAUUUUGACAGGAUUCAUGAUAUCUACUGGGCACGGGUGAGAGUGGUGGCCGGAGGUGAGCAGUCCGAGUGGGCCAGUUCCAGCGAGCUGCAGCUGUACAGAGACACAAUUGUUGGCCCCCCCAAGCUGUCCUGGCUGCUCCGGGACCAAAUCCUCAGCGUAAACAUCAUCACUCCACUCACUCCCUACCAGAGAAGAACUGGCUCCUACAAGCCAGUACACCGAGUGCUGCUGAAGCUGUGGUACUGGCUGCACCUGUACGAGGGAGAGUUGCUUGUCCAGCAGGUGCCCUGUGAACAGAGCAGCGAGGAAGUGCCUUGCACCUUGGGGCGCCUGAAGCCCAGCACUCAGUACUGCGUCCGGACGGUGGCUGCAGGCAUUGCCAGGGAGCGGAGCCAGGAGGCUGAGCAGUGCCUGGUGACCCCGGCAGGCCCUGCAGGCUUUCCAUGGGUCGUUGCCAUGCUGAGUGCCUUCUUCCUGCUGCUGCUACUGAGUGAGGCCGGGCUGUGCUUCAUGCAGCUGCACAUCUUUCCCAGUCCUCCGGAGACACGCCUCCCAAAAGCACUGGCUCUCCAGAACAGCGAGCUGAGCAUGGCCAUGCAGGUGCCUCCCCUCCAGCUUGAGGAGGACUCACUGGCCCUGCUCCUGCAGACUGUGCUCCCCUCCCAUGGGCCAUCCACAGCUGGGCAGGCAUCAGCCAUGGUACCACAGCUCCUCCAAGGCCUUGCCCGGGAUGUGGGUGGCUACUGUGCCAAUGGGUUUGGUCCAGACUGCCUCGAGGUAAGGGACCCAUCCUGCGCCCACAGCCUGCUGAGGCACACCUUGGAUUCCCAGGUCCCCUCACAGCUGGAGAAGGAUAGGAAGACAGGUGAUGGGAAUGAUUUGCCAGAGCAGCUGGUUCUAGUGGAACUGACUGGAAACAGCUACAUCAGUGACAGGGACAGCCAGAUACCUGAGAUAUGGCUCCCCCUGCACCUCCAGCUUUAUUCUAAAUGCCAGUGCCCAGUCCUGGGAGCAGGCAGCCACCUUCCUCUGCCCGUGCCAAGCAGAAGCUGCAGCCAGGAGUACCUGCAGGGGAGUCUGGGCAUGGCUGGGCACUGGAUCCAGCUCAGCUCUGUGAAGCUCCUGACCAGUGCGGAGGAGGAAGGAGGACAGCUCCCCUGUGCUCCCCAAGCCCUGCUUGGCGGGGGGACUGAGCCAGGGGACAGCAGCGUUCAGCGAGGCUGCUCAAGGCAGGCAGAGCCGUGUGUGCCCUGCCCGCUGCCCCUCUCACCCCACAGCACCCUGCGGCCACUUGCCUUCUCCGGCUAUGAGCCACGGGCCCCUGUGGCAGCGAGCCAUGGCGAGUGGGGCACCUUGGCAGCCCCCAGCUCCCAGCACAGCCCAGGACACUUUCCAGAGCUCCCUGGCCAUGAGUGUUCCCUGUCCCAGCCUGGGGGUGCCAGGCUGGGGAUGGGACCAAGGCAGGCUCCCACGGGCGGGCAGAGGCAAAUUCCAGGCACAGCCAGGGAUAGGCAGGACGCAGAGCUUUCCUCUGGUGGUUUGGUGCUCUUGAGACACAGCAUAAGGAGCAUGGACCAAAGCUGAACCCCCAAAACUCUUACCUAUUUAUCGGUCUGUGUGCAUGUGUGGUACACUAUCUAUACUAUAUACAUACUUAUUUAUAAAGCUCUUUAAUGAAAAAAAUGUUAGGGUUUUUACUUCUGAGGAAAUGCUGAUCAUGUGCUGGAGUUGGUUUUAAAUAUCACUAUUAUAAAAAAAGUGGCUUCUCUAUUCAUUGUU